AUGGAUAAGUUUAAAAAAUGCAAAAAGAAAAAUUUGGGGAGUCUGAAGAAGACGAAGAGUUUUAUUAAAAAAAAAAAAGACCGCUCGCAUGGCAAUAGUAGGGGGAACAGCGCGACGAAGGACUUAAUCACAAACGUAAUUAUAAAAUAUGUGAACCAGAGGAAAUAUGAAAAGCAGAAAAAUGGAGCAAACUUGGGAAAUGAACACUAUAGGGAAUUUUUUGCAGACGAAAAUGCAAGCGAAAUAUUGAAGGAACGAUUAUUUGGAAAAAAAGAAAUUGCAGAAAUAGAUAUCCUUAAAAAUUGCCUCCUUUUUAAUGAAAAAAAUGAACUUCUUCAAAAAAUAAGUUACACAAUUCUGUAUGACGUUAUAAAAAAAUGUAUAGACCACGAACAUGUUUUGAUGAAAGUGGAAGAAUUAGGAUUCACAGCUGAAAAUAUAAGAGACAAAAAUGACGAACAUGUGAACAUAUGCUCCAAGUACAAAGCUGAGGUUUUUUUUCUGUACAUAUAUAAAAAUUUAAAAGCUAUAAAAAUUACCAAAAAUUUUCAAUUGCUGUGCAAAUUUAUGAGUGUGAUGAAAUUUGUGACGAAUAUAAUGCCCUAUAUGUAUAAGGUAAAAUUUUUAUUUUCACUAUGUUCCAUUUUUAAUAUAUACCAAAAGGAGUGCGAGAACAGUAAGCUACAGCCAACGGUGUUGGGCAUCACCAAAAGGGCGGGUUACAAGCAGGGCGAUAAUGGAGCCACACAGAAUGACACCCUUUUUGUCAGUUCGGAUGAGGAAGACCAAUUUUUCCAUCUCUUUUUUGAGCUCCUAAAUGAGUUAAUAAAUUUGAAUGAGAAUUAUAACACGUACGAUGAUUACUACCGGAUGUUUAAUUUCUUCGUAUUAAGGUGGAUAUUAGUCUACUUCCAAAAUAAGCACCCUUUUUUUGCCAAGGGGAAGAUGGUGCAUUCUUUGGCCAAGGUGAAGUACGUCAUGCUGUUAUUCACGCUGUUGAAGAAGCUACACGAAAGUGCAAAUGAUAUGGCAGAUCGGGAGAGCAAGCUUAGUGACGGAAGAGGAAACGCACUAAGUGGGACCCACAUGGGGAUCAAUAAUCAAAGUGCAGAGGUAGACUAUACCAUUUACAACCAACCUGAGGAUGAAAGUACAAAUGCGCUUCUCUUUCCAAACGAACAGCCGGCCUUCUUUAAAGAAGGAAUGACCCACCCCAGUGAAGCAACCCUUUUGGACGUUCUAUACCAAAAUGGGAACUUAAAAAAUGAGAAAAUAAAAAGUAACAAAGUCGAAAUGAAGAGCAUGUUGGAGAGCUUUUACGAUAAGGUGGAUAUGCACGUAGAAACAGGGUUCAAAGAAGUGAAGGAUACCAUGAAUACUCUAACGCAGAGUGUAUUUAUGACGGCAUACAACUUAAUUAGCAGCAUGCACAUUGUGCAUAGGCACAUCGCAUUGCUACAUUUUUCUUUUAAUUUUUUAAAAAUGAAGGUUUUUGAAUAUUCCUACUUCAUCAUUUUCAAUGCAUUCCAAUUGCUUAACAAAUUAUUAACGGUCCAAAAUUUUGCAAUUCAUCCGAUGAUCUUUUUGGCCACCCAAGAAGUUUUCACCUUUUACGAAAACGUUGUCAUUCAUUUGUAUAAGGGAAAAAAUGACCCUCAGGAGGAGUUUUAUCAAUUUUGCGAAAAGUUCAAUUCCAAGCACAGUGGAGUCUAUGCAGCCAUUUUGAAAAGAAUUUGGAGCUUGUACAUGCUCAUAAUUUCGGAUGAAUAUGUUACAAGAGAGAAAGGAGGAACCCCCAGUGAGGAGAACACGCAUUUUAUUCUUAACAAGAUGGAAGAACAACAAGGCACACCAGACUUUAGCAACAAAUUAACAACUGUGUUAAGGAUCACCGAUUUAUACUUCCCAACAGAGUACAAAAUGAUUAUCCUCAAAUCUGCAGAUGAGACAUACAAAAACUGUCUGACGAAUUGUCUAUCUAAGAUAUUUCGCAUACUAAGCUUCAGCACCUUUUUUGAGGAAUAUUUUUUUUUCUCCAGCAGGGAGUUGCUGUCUAAGGAUGUGUUUAUACUGAACAGAGUUUUAAAAGAUACCAACAAAACAUAUUAUGGAGGAAAUUUCAAAUUUCUGAUCAAUUUUUUCUACCCUCUACUUAUGCAUUUCAUCGAUUUGUACGAAAAAGAAGAAGAGUACAGCAUUAAGAAGAAGUGCUUUUUAAGUUAUAUAAAAAAUAUAUUGGUCCAUUUCUCGCGGGCAUUAAAUGACUGUAUCAAUUUGUACUACUUCCUUUCUACCAACGUGGAAGACUUAUACAUAUUAGUGACCAAGUUCACCAACUGUAACGAUUUCCACUUGCUGCCACUGUUUGUUAACUUUUUUGAAAAUUUUUAUCUGUCCACCCUGAAGGCGAACGGUCAAGGAGCGCAGUGGUCCCCCCAAAGUGCAGAUUAUGACAAGGAAAGGAAAGAUGUUAAAUGCAAAUAUAGCCUCAUAAAUUUAGAGAAAAAUAAUUUCUUCUUAAAUCACAUUUCGGACAAUUUGCUGAAAAUAUUUUUGCCAAGAUUUAUAUCCAUCGUGACGUCUCAUUAUGAGCAGAAGUUUGCCAACGUUGGUUUUCAGUCGAGUGAUAAUAGGGCCAGUGUAUCCAUGGCCAUUGAAAGUUUUUCAAAUUUGCUACACGUUUCUCUACAUUUUUCUUCCGACGCAAAUUUGAGUGAAGUGUUAAAUCUGCUGGAACAGCUUAUCCUGAGGAACGAAAUUGAGAAGGAAAUUUAUUCCCUCAUUAGCAUAAUCAUUGUGCUGAAAAUUUUAACUCCAUUUUUUACCUAUGAAGAACUCACCCUCUGCUCUUUGUAUUAUCAGAAGUUGCUGCAUUUGGUGGGAGAACUGGUCAGUAGGAAAAUGUCCAAAGCGGGCUCAAUUAUCGGCAUGAGGGGGAAAAGGGCCAACAGAGGUGGUCGCCCCCAAGUGGAAAAACUUACAGGAGGAGACAAUCACCAAUUGGGAAGAGCAGAAAACAGUUGUUAUGUCAACCCCAUCAGUGUAAAUACAAAUGGACAGUUUGAACAUCCAACCCAGGUGAAUGGAAACCAUGGAAACUUGAUGGAGAUUAACUGCGUUAGCGUCCCCUUUGAAGACGCUCCCCAGGUGAAGGAUACCAACUCUGAAGAUCCCCCUGCAGGUGGCAAACCCAGACGAAAUCCCAAGAACACCACGCGAAGGGGAAACAAAGACCAAAAUGGUAUCGGCAAAAAGGGAAAAAUUAAAGGCCUCAUUAAAAAGGAAAAGCGAAAAAACGAAUCAGCAAAAAAGGAAAAGGCAAGAAGAACAAAAAUUACGAAAGAGUUAAAAAUGGACAUUGAAAAGUACAAAUUUGUUAGGAUCCUCAUAUAUGACAAUGUUGCGGCGCUGUUUAAAUAUUUUGGUAAUAUAUUUUCAAAAAAAAAUAGCUCCAGUGGAGGGGUCAGCAGGAAUAUCGGGUGCACUGCCAGUGGGACAUGCGAGACCGUACCAAGUGGCAUGCACCACAUGAGCAAAAACGAGAUGCUGAUCCUUAGCAACAUAUAUAUGGACGGAAGAAUAGUCCAAAGCAGACUCCCCAGCAUGAUGACGAAGGAGAAUAUUUUCCCCUUUUUCGACAACCUAGACAACUAUAAUAUAAAUAAAUACAUUAAGAAGUUUUACGUGUACUUAAAUGGCCUAACGUUUUAUCUAAAAGAAGGGAAACUUCUCGAUAGGGAUUACUGCCACGACUUAUUUUUUGAAAUUCUGCCCCUCAUAAUGAAGGCCUUAUUUUACAUCAAUAAAAAGUUUACCACCAAGUUGAGGAGAAAUAGCCUAUUCGAACACAUAAUCCAGUUGGGGUCAUCAAAUUUGAAAACAUUAUUUCUGCACGUGACGCCGGGUUUGUUGGUGGAAGAAGCGAGUUGCAAGAAGAUAGCCAUUUACCUUCUCUACUUGCUUGUAAGAAGGUACAAAAUUGAGUAUGGGGACCAGGUGCAGUUAUUCAGUGUUUGCGUGGCCCUAUCGAAUAGUAGUGAGAAGAGCCUGUUAAAGAUUUUCGUAAAAUUUUUGCUAACAUGUGUGCAACACUUUAGAAAAGAAGUUGUCCUGGGGAAUAUUACAGAGCUCAUGAAUCUUCUUAAUACCAUUGCACAAAUGAAGAGGGGAAUUAACUACCUCAUUGAGAAAUUUCUAUAUAUAUUAUACCACAUGGUAAGCGAAUCCGAGCAAGGAACUGAACAGGUGAAACCGUACGAUGUAAUUAUGACGUACUUGUCCAAGGCGAAUAGGAAAAUAUUCAACAAAAUGGUACAGAAGAAAGGGCUCCUCGAUAGUGGAAAUAGGAGCGAUAGAAGCAAUGAUGAUGAUGAUGUGCGUGGAAGGGGAAUGGUUCACCAUCAGGGAAGAGACAAACUGAAAAGCAAAAGUGCGAACACAGCGGCGAACUCAUCAGACGAAGGAUCAUCCGUCAUGUCUUAUGCCAUGUCGGAAGAUGAUGCGCUGUCCGAAUCGAGUGGAGCAAGUACCUACAACGAUGGUGCGCUUGAGCAUGGAGCAGCGCUGCAAAACAAAGGAAGAAACAAACGCGGUAAAAAAAAUACAAACCAGACGAACAGGCGUAAUAUGAAGGCAAAAAAUCAGAACCGCAGUUUAACCACCUUUUUCGAUAAUUUAAAAAGCAUGCGAGGACAGAAGGAGACAAACUAUAUAAAAACCGCCAUGGAUAACAUUCUGCAGAGCCAAAAUAAAACAAAAAAAAAAAAAAAAAAAGAGAAAGGAAAAGAGGAAGAGACCAAUGUUAAAAUUAACAGAAACGUGAGUGAUGUGCUCAACAACUUGGGAACCUCCCUUUUUAAGAACAAAGCAAAGUUUAACAUCCCCUUUUCGAAUGAGAAGGAAAUAAACGACCUCUUUGGCGAACAGUAUUUCGUGAAGCGAGGUUUGAGGAAGGAACAGAGAAAGGCAAGCGGAGGAGGAAGUCAGCCUGGUCACCAUAACUCCGACGAUGAUGGUUACUACUCUGAGGAAGACGAAGGGGAUGACGCAAAUGUAGAAGUAGGCCUGGAUGGAAAGAUAAUUAUCCACCCUGCAAGUGCGAGAAAUAAAAAGAAAGACGAUCUGAUUAGCAAAAAGUAUAACGCCUUGAAUGAGAAGCAAAACAUGCACGCCAAACUGAAGUUACACAACAGAUCGAAAAAUAAAAAAAAAAUGAACAACUUUGUCACGGCAGAUAAAAAGGCAUACACAUCGAAGAAAGGAAAGGGGGACAUCAUCAAAAAGGACAAACUACUUCCGUACUCGUAUGUUGAGUUGAAGCCAAUUAUGACCAAAGACAAAUUUAGGACCAAAACGCUUCACGCAUUUCGAUCCAUUAAAAAUAAUUCCAAAAGAAGAGCGAGGAAGGGGAAAAAGUGA